UGCUAGCAGCUAGCUUCUGUGUGAUCAUCUGGGACCCUGUUCAUUCUUGGCGGCGCCCUGCAGAAACGAAAAAUACGAGACUAUAGAGCGUAUAAGAUUUACAACAGACACGGUUUAGUUUUUUGUUUCAGCCGUGGUAGCUUUCUGGCUGAUGGACAGGAACAUUUAGUGAAAUGGUGACCCGGACUCUCACUCUGGACAUGGCAUUGUGGCCAUUGGCGUUAAUGCUAACUUAGCUAGUUAGCUUAUCAGGCUAGGUAGCUGGGCUUUGGGCUGUAGCUGGAUCGACUAGCUAGCGAUAAGCAUAACGUAUCUCUAGCUUACAUUAGCUAGGUACGCUGUGUUAGCUAGAAGGUAAACUCGCGUUAUGAUAAUCACAUUACAGCAGCGUCGCUAGAUUAACGUCACCUACGUUACACUUGAGGCGAACAUUCAUUUUGUUCUCAAACUAACUAGCUGACUAGUUUGGCUAACGUUAGCUAAUUUAAGGCGCUAACAUGCAGUAGUAGUUGAGUAGUGUUUGAGUCAACAACCACUGCUGCCUUACACCAGCAGACUAACAGUUACCGGGCAUUGUGCGGUAUGUAGCCAUGGCAUGCUAACCAUCCAUCAGGAAAGUUGGUGAUUGGUCAUAACGUUACAUGCAACGUUAGUACAGGCCGCUUCUGGCUGAACAUAUAGCCAUGAUAUGAAGAAUUGUAGAGAUAAAGUUGUUGCGAUUAAUAGCCAGUGCUAAGCUGCUUUAGCGCCAGAGUGAUACAGACGAUAGGGCCUUGCAGGUUGCUGUUCGUUAUCUACAUCGCGUUAGCUGGUUUGUCUCACGUCAGCUCAGUUGCUUGUUUGAUUAUGUGUCUCCAAAACAUGUAAAGUUGGCGAAGUUUGGAAAGCAACAAUGUAACAUCAUUGAGCUGGUUAACCAUUUUGAGUUCAUGACUUGGUGACAAGCAGCGUUAGCUAGCAAAAUGAACAACUCAGGAGUCAUGCCACAGGAAAAGAUGGAACUGGAUCUGGAAAUCCCAUCUUCGUUAGUUCAGACCGAUGGACACUUGAGGAGAUCCAACAGUGCACCCAUGAUUAAUGGCUUAAGUGAUAACUCCCAAGUGUUCCAGAGAGAGGUCCUGCGUAGCCGGAGAAAUAGCACUACAGUUGUCAACAGGCCCAACAUGGUCCCUUCAUCGCCUAUUCGUGUCCCCAGCACCAGACUUCAUCAGAUAAAACAAGAGGAGGGUGUAGACGUGAUGAACAGAGAAACUGCUCAUGAACGGGAAGUUCAAGCUGCCAUGCAGAUGAGCCAGUCCUGGGAAGAAAGCCUUAGCCUGAGUGACAAUGAUUUGGAGAAGUCGGCAUCUUCGUCUCCCAAGCGCAUCGACUUUGUACCUGUGUCGCCUGCCCCGUCCCCAACCAGAGGAAUAGGAAAAAAGGUACAUUUGACAUCACAGUGUUUCUCUCCUUCACUACAAAUCCUUGUGAGCAGCAAUGGCCUAACGCCCAGCCCAAUACCCAGUCCAACAAGACGCUUCAGCCGGCGGAGUCAAAGCCCAAUCAACUGCAUCAGAGCCAGCAUACUUGGGCCAAUAAAACGGAAAGGUGAGAUGGAGACAGAGAGCCAACCCAAGAGGCUCUUCCAGGGCACCACCACCAUGCUUUCCUCUGAUGUCUCCAAUCUGUCAGAUCUCAGUUCCUGUCACUCUCCAGAUUUACUGGAUGGCAGCCUCAGCAGCGUCAGCUCCUCCACAGACUCUCCAGGCAAAAUGGAGGGAGUGUCACCCUCUUCGUCCAGCAACUCGCCCUUCGCUUCCCUCCAGGACUUGUCUCCAAAAUGAGAAUGGCAUGGCAAGAGACAAUAAAAAGGACUGGCACAAAAAAAGCCUGUCUCUCCAGGGAACCGGUUUCCUUCUCAGACCCUCCACUUCACCAUCGCCUGGUUUUAGUUUAAUUGUCCAUGUUUGCUUCUGAACAGCUGUUUUCAUGGCUAUACGUCGGAGGGUCUAGAUAUGUUUGAAUUAAGGAAAUGAAAGCCAUGGAGGAGGUUUUAUAUUAAAGAGGUAAACCUAGUGAAACUGGGAAUGACUGAAGACACUGUGAGCACCAGCUGCUAGUAGAGGAUCUUGGAUGGUGCUUGGCUUCAUAGUGAUAUUGUGUUUAAGUGGCUAUCCUGCAAAUCUGUCCUACCAGUUCCCUUCACUGGAGAGAGACAAUGAGCACUGGAUGAAAAAAAAAAAAAAAGACUAUUUGGAUGUGUACAUUUUCCCUGUUUUUUGUGCUGGAAAACUUCUGUCCACAUGCCUUUGUAUGUACACAGUCUGCAGAUUUUGUAAGAAAAGAUUUAACUUAUUGUUUCCCUGCUUUGUUUGUAAUUAUGUACAUAUUAACCUUGUCAAAUGUAGUAUAGUUUAAGUUUGGCUGUGAGGUGAAUGUGGGCACAGGUCUUCAACAGCUAAACUUUUCUUUGUUUAAAGGAACGUAACUACUUUUGGGGUACAACUAUGUUUCCUUACUGUUAUUCUGUAAGAGAAGUUAAGUUUUCAGCAGAUAUUCUGAAUAUUUUUAUGAGAGAGGCUGUGAACUGUGGUGAUAUUUUUCAGUUUGGCUUGUACGUGCCCCUCCCCAUAACUUGCUGCAUCUUUAAUUGCCUACUAUGAGCAAUUAAUGCACCUAGCAGUGAAUUGUGGACGAAAUAAGAUGGUCAUCGCUGGUGGUCUUUCAACACUAACGGUUUUUCUGUAUCCUGUGUUCUUGUCAGGAUGUGUUUUGUAGAUAAGCAAAAUAUAGAAAUGAUUUUUUUUUUUCUUUUCUGGCAAAAUGUUCUUAUUUAUGGAAAAAAAAAAAAAAGUUUAUUAUAAAAAUUGGAUGGUGAUAGGUUUCUGUCCCCAGUAAAAGUGACCCAUUUGUGUUGUCAUUUACACCAAAUCAACUGACUGCUGGAAUGUGUGGUAAAAACAAAAUGACACCAUCAUAUUGUGAGUGAAGAGACUGCUGUUUCUGCUGUGGUUACAUUUAUUAAAAGCUUUUUUGCACAGGA